CCCUGAGCUUGGCCGCUUCAUCCUGACAUGUCCAACACAGAGUGGUGUCCGGUAGAUGCCUGGACUGCCCGAUUAAAAAUUAUAGCUCACUGUUUACAAGAAUACUUAUUCUUUGUAUUAUAGUAGUUGAAGAUAUUUAGACAUGCAUAUUUGUUAGCAAAAUUAUUUUGUUUCUGGAUAACCGAAUGUUUAGAUUAAGCUGUCUUUUAUUAGUUAAUUCUUUUAAGGGUAAAAUUUUCACUUGUAAUAAGUUAUCCUUUUUGACAUUAGUUUGAGAUCUGUUCUUGUGCUUAUAUGCAGUGUGCUUGUAAGUUACUUGUGGAUGAAACAACGUAAGAUCAGCAUUUAUCACUAGUUGUUCCCAUCAAGAGGAGCUAUGUAUUGGAGCUCACUUUCUGUGCUGUGUGUAACAUGCUGUGGGGACAGAAAUGGACAUGUGGGCCACGGUGAUGGACUGACUCUGGAAGGCCCAGUAUUUGUGGAAAAAGUGCUGAAGAGGCUUUAUCCCCGUAUUCCAAGUAGUCAAGAACAGAAGACUUCUGAGCAGCCAGCCUCCGAGGGGCCACAAGGGGCCAGAGUCCUUGAGGCCGUGAGACCCAUGCCUGUGCAGCCUGUGACAGAUGAUGACAUCAGCUGCCUGCCUGAGAGGCGUUUCUACACUGUGAGCCUUCCUCCUGAUGGGUAUCUGCCUAACACACCCAGCUGCCUGGACUCUGCCAGUGUGUCCACUGGGGAAGAAGCAGAAGAUCAAGAUUGUCAUGAUCAACAAAAGAGAAAAAGAAUUAGAAAGCGUAAAUCAAGGAAAAAUGUAAAAAAACCCAAUAUUGUUCAUGUAGAACAAGCAGAAUUAGAGAAGCAGCCAAGUCUCUUACAAGAAAAGUUACAACACCAGCACACAGAUGGUCCCUCGAUCAGCAAAAAUAAAAAAAGGAAACUGAAGAAGAAACGACAAAUUCAAAGGAAGAAAGCAGCCAGUUUGGUGACAAAGGCCUCUGGUGUCAACUUCAUGUACCAGCCUGUGGAGAGCCACAGUGAACAAGAGAAUGAAGGAGACAGUGAGCGGGGAGCAAGAGACACAAGCGAGGAGGAGGCUAGAGAUGCCGAUGAGGAGGAGGUCAGACUCAGCAACGAAAAAGCGGACGGUGUCCUGGCCUUGCUAAAAUUGAUGCAAGAAGCUUAUUUUUAUGAUGGUCUCUCCAGAGACUUGGACCCCACUGUGUGUGUGGAGACCACGGAGGAGCUGCUGAGGUGCCUUGAGUCCCGCUGCCUGCCUCCCACGGAUGUCUUCAUUCUUGAUCACAUGAGGACACUGUUGCUUCUGCGAGACACGGAACAGCUGACAAGUGCUCUACAGAUCUUCCCUGAGCACUGCGCCAUGCCUCCUGACCAUGCCAGGGUGAUCUCUGCCUUCUUUAAUUACUGGAUCACGCAUGUCCUUCCUGAGAAAAGCAAUGACUGAAACCAGUGUCCUUCUUCAAGGAGAGCUAAUAUUAGGCACGAAAACAUAAAGGACAAACGUCAGGUGGGCUGAGAACUGACAUACAAAGAAGAGUAAUUCUCAAUAACUGAGAACUAGUAACCCAAAUCCAGGAAUUCUACAGGCCCUGCUGCCAUGCUGCAGGUUCCUGCGUUUCUACAUGCCGACUGAGACCCUAACCCUAACCCUGAACCUUCAACUCAGGCACUGGAGUGAAAUUUACAUUUUCCACGUGUAAUUUUAUACAUCCUGAAUUGAGUCUGUUUGUCCAAUUCCUCUGAAAAAUGAAAGUGAACAUUCUCUUAAAUUAAAUUCUAUAGUUUGAAGCA